AGCAUUUUUUAUUUAAACUAGCUAUAAAGUGCGGCUUGGUUAACGCUUAGAGUGGCGCCAGAAGUUUGGACCGCCGAGUUGUGCUUUCUGGACCUCUUGUCUGCGUGUAGCGGGAUUGCAGAUCGCGAUGACUGUCCCCUCCUUCGAGGAGCUGGACUCCCUCAAGUACAGUGACCUGCAGAACUUAGCCAAGAGCCUGGGCCUCCGGGCUAACCUGAGGGCAGCCAAAUUGCUAAAAGCCUUGAAAGCUCACCUUAAACAAGAAGCAAGAAAAGAAAAUGAGAAUCAGGAUGAAAAUCAGACUUCUGCAUCUUCUUGUGAUGAAAUUGAGAUACAAAUUGGCAGUCAGCAACAAGCAGAGAAUGAGCCUGCUGGUCACGUCACCAAGACGAGGAGGAGGCGCAAGGAGUUGUGUGGGGAUUCUCACCCCCAGCAGGAUCAUUUAGAGAUAAAAAUAAGUGAUCCCACUGAAUUCCAGAAUCAAAGAAAGGAAAACCAGGAUCUCAGAACUACAACUGAAGUUGCUUCUCUGUCAGAUGAGAGCCAAGCACAGGAGAAUACAGAAUCCUCAGGGAAGAGUGGAAUUCAUGGUGAAAAAGAUUCAAAAGUACCUUCAGGAAAGAAAAAGUCUGUCUACCCAGAUGGGCUUUCCAAGCCUGGAAAAAAUAAAAGAACCGCAAACACUACUCCAAACUUUAAGAAGCUUCAUGAGGCUCGUUUCAAGGAAAUGGAAUCCAUUGAUCAAUAUAUUGAGAGAAAAAAGAAACAUUUUGAAGAACACAAUUCAUUCAAUGAACUGAAGAAGCAGCCCAUGAGUAAGGGAGGGGUAGUGACUCCUGUUCAUCCAAGAAGACCCUCCGUGGCUUGCACGCCCGUCAGCCAGCGGCGCUCACAAGGCCGGUCUCAGGGCCUCACAAGUCAGAGCACCUUGUGUCUGAAGGGGUCGAUCAGACGCUCAGCCCUCUCAACAACUAAAAUGAACGUCAGGUUCUCGGCUGCUACUAAGGAUAACGAGCACAAACGUUCCCUGACCAAGACUCCAGCCAGGAAGUCUCCACACGUGAUUGUAUCUGGGAGUACCCCAAAAGGUCAGGCUGUGCUUGAGUCACACAAGUUCAAGGCAACCGGGAGGAAUUCUGCUGCUGCUCUUACACCAUUCAAGUUGACAGCUGAGGCAUUGCAGACUCCAGUCUCCAAUAAGAAACCAGUGUUUGAUCUGAAAGCAAGUUUGUCUCGUCCUCUCAACUAUGAGCCACACAAAGGAAAGCUGAAACCAUGGGGGCAAUCUAAAGAAAAUUCUCUGAGUGAACAUGGAAACAGAGUGACCUUCCACAAGAAAACUUACAAACAGCCUCAUCUCCAGACCAGGGAAGAGCAACGGAAGAAACACGAGCAAGAACGGAAGGAGAAGAAAGCCAAGAUUUUGGGAGCUCGAAGAGGGCUCAUUAUGGCUAAAAAUUAAUGAUUUUCUAACAUCUGUAAAUAUUUCUUUAUUCUGAAUGUCUUUCCUUUUGUAAAUAUUUUAUACUGUCUUCCUCACUUUAAUGAAACAACCUUUUUUAUUGUUAACUCUUCAAAUGAUCUUUGUUUUUCCUGGGUUCUUCAUGUACGGAAUCUCUGAAAAGACGUUACCACCUUCGAGGUCACAAAUUCAUUGAAAUGUUUUCUGUGUGUGUAAGUUCCUGCACCUCAGUUUUCUAAUGAGACUCAUCUUAGAGAUUCUUAAGCUAGGUUUUUAACGCCUGCUGAUUCUGAUAUGAACUGCAGCCCUCUUGUAGGCAACCGCAUUUACCUGACGGCGGCCAGGUAUAGCACAGGCUUCGCUAGAAUUGGAGCAGUGACAUGUUGAGAAUAGGGAGAGCCAGGAUAGAAAGGCCCCUGCACCCUCUUCUGUAGAGAACCUAGUCACCUUUAUGCAGCUGGGUCAUACGGUUUGGUUAUGGCAUCAGUAUUUUACCGCUGUGAAGAAGCUUUGUUUUGUUGAAAGUGUAGAUGCACCUUUGUUCAGAUCACUUCCUAUAAUCGCCAUCAUAUACUUAGGAAUAAAACUAUAGCUCAUUCUAAUCUUGUUUAUUUAAAAGCGACAGGCCCUAUUGAAAUUUGAAGAUUACCGAUUUAAGGUUACUAAGUUCUGUCAAACUUAGAUCUUACUCAUUUAUUUUAAAAACUGGAGUUGCUUAGCAUCGUAUGUAAGUCUGUUGUACCUAAGUAGAACUUCUGAGCUAUGUACUGUUAAAGAGUUUCAUAAAUAAAAUUUUGUCUUACUGUA